AUGGAGGACGACGACCCUACAGACAAGGACACGCCGCGCACGCUCAUCGAGCUGCGCAUGUGCGCUCUGAGCGCGGCCAUUCGCGAGAAGCCGGAGUGGUGGGUGAAAUUUCGGGACGAGGACGUGCAGGCAAGUGGAGAAAUGAGAUCAAGGAACAGCAGCAGGAUCUGCGUCGCAGUCUACAGCUCACAACAACAUGCCGACCUCAUCUCAGCAAUCGCCCCGCUCGAGUCUGUCCCUGACUCCAAGAAGGACUGGCAUCCAGGAUCCGAUGGCAAAGUGCUCGAUCUCGUACACCCCUCGCUGUACCCCGUCGUCUACGGACGUACCACAGCCCGCGGCGCUCAGGAGCCCCUCCAGCCCCGCGCAACGGAUAUCAUUCCUAUGUACAGGUCGGAGCGGUUCCAAUGGCUGCCUUCGGAAUUUCGUGUCCAGGAGGAUGGUUCCGUCCACUUGGUCUCGCCAUACAUCAACAAUAUCCACCCGGAAGAUCACGAGGCGCUCACAGCGAUGAUCCCGGAAAUGUUGGAGAAGGCCGUGCCAUUGUUCGAGAGGGUGCUCUCCGACCUUGCGAGAGAGACACAGCUCCCCACACGGCUAGACCUCCAGGGGCACAAAUUCCCCCAGUGUGUCUGGCCAGAGGGUCCUGAAACCGAGCCCGAAAUGGACCCCGAGAUAAGCUCACGUAACUAUAGAAUAUACAGGCAGCUCUUGGCAGAGGACCGCAGACACUGGGAAGCGGAGAAGGCUCAGUUCCUAGAGGAAGCACACGUGACAUGGCUAGCGAAUCGUUCCAGCGACUCGGAGGACGAGCAGUGGCAGGAACCGCCGUUCCCGCCUUAUGUGCACGUCCCGUACUUGCGCAUGUGGCAAGAAGAGUUUUUGGACAAUGCGCCGGUGGAGCACCGCUGGCCGGAGAGCAAGCCGAGCUAUACGGAUGGCCUCAAUUGCGUGAAGAAGACGGUGGAUUUGCGAGGGCAGACGCUGCAGGUGAUCGUGAAGCUGGCGAACAUUGUACUAACGCCUGAGAAGCCUGAGUAUGGGGGAGGGACGUGGCACGUCGAGGGGAUGGACAACGAGACGAUCGUCUCCACGUUCAUCUAUUAUUACGAUACAGAAAACAUCACCGAAUCAACCCUGUCCUUCCGCAACGCCGUCAACGAGCCCCGGUACCAUGGCCAAUGGGACCGCUACUGCAUGCGCCGUCUCUACGAUAUCUCAGCAAACGAGUUGUGCGCCCAGAAUGUCGGCUGCGUCACCACCAAGCAGGACCGAUGCAUCGCGUUCCCGAACCUCUACCAGCACCUCGUCUCGCCAUUCCGCCUGACCGACCCCGCCAAGCCGGGGCAUCGCAAGAUCCUCGUGUUUUUCCUCGUCGACCCAAACAUCACCAUCCCGUCUGCGUCCACGGUGUCUCCGCAGCAAGAGCCAUGGAUCCGUCGCGCGGUGGAGGGGUCAGAGUUAUGGUGGAGGCUUCCGAAUGAGGUGCACGAGAUGAUCUGGGAGCGGCUGGACCCGAUUACGGAGGGGCAGGCGAGGAAGUACCGGGAGGAGCUCAUGAAGGAGCGCACGCUGACCGUGAAGCCGGCCGAUGAACAGAGGUUCGGGCGAACGUUCAACCUGUGGUGCGUGGGCUUCUGUCCUCAGCGUGAUAUGUAUGCGCCGCCCUUCUGA